GGUUUAAUACUGCAGGUGUCCGCGCAAGUCGCCCAAACUCCUGCGAGCGUUCGCAAACCGCUCUUCUUGUAACUCUCUUGCCCUUCCCGUCGUCGGCGCUGGCGUCAGCGGUCCUCCUUCUUUCUGCAUCGCACGUUCUCGAAUUCUCCCAUCAACACCCACCGCCUGAGAAAACGCAAAAUAUACGCAGCCCUCGCCUCGAACAACAAGCUCAGCAACCAUGGUCGCAACAGCAAACACAAUCUUCAAGAUAAGGGCGAUCGCCGACUUUAUAGCUCCGAAAGCUACGGACUCGGACUGUCUCCUCUCAUUCCGCCAAAGCCAAGCAUUCUACGUUCUCUCGACGGACCCCAUAAAGCAACUGUAUUUUGUGAGUACACAGUAUGCGACCCCUUUCUCACGCACAGCCGUGUCAGGGCUGGUGCCCAUCUCGCAUUUUGAGCUCGUGGAUUUGAUGAGCAAAGACCCCGACCCGGCGGCGAGGGCACGGACCGCCAGCAAGAACGCAGCAGCACGACCACCGACCACUCACAACGAGAACGCGGGCCACAUUGCAGAGUCGAUGCCGGCGGCAGCUGCAGCAGAAAACGCAGCUGGGCCUAUGGCCAAGAUCGGACGGAGAAUAUAUUCAUACUUGCAGACAAAUGUUCGCCGGCACUCCGAAGGCAUGCGCCUUGGACCUGUGGCCGACAUGGAGCAGGCUGAGCAAAGGGUUCGGGCCGGCACCGUUCCUCGCAAAGUGUCGGUGCGCCAGAAUACCCGAUUACGAGAAGGCACCGUUGACAAUGGGAGCCGCUCAAACGCAUAUGGUGGAAGCUUUGCCCAUCAGCAAUACAACCCGUUAUUCGAGAGAGUUGUCAAAGCUCAAGUCGUGUCCAUCGUUCGCCAACCCAUGUCCCACCACGCUGAAUCCCUCGGCUCCAUUCACCCCCGCGCCGAUCUUUGCUACGUGAUCAAAGUCGUACUCCCAAGCAGGACCGUCGUCAUCAACCGCUCGUACGAGGACUUUCUCAUUCUUAACAACUCCCUCUCACAAAAGUUCGGCUCGUACGCAGAGACAAAAGUCUACAUCCCACCACUGCCUCCAGCGCUCUCGGCCAUGGUCAGCGAACGCCCUUCAGAGGCACGCCUGACCGACCAUCAGGAAGACAUUUCAAAGUACCUCUCCCGCCUCUGCCAGAUGCCUCCACCAUUGCGUGAAAGCGAGAUCGUCAUCCGCUUCUUUGCAUCGAAUUCCGGACAAGACGACCCGAUUAGCCCGCCAAAAGAAGCCCGAUCAAAUAGCCACUCGAGGCACGCUCCCACGCUGGGAUCCCUCCAGCGAAAACUAGGCCAGCCGACAGUUCGCCACGGUUCGUCAAAGAGCAUCGCGGCAGCACAGUCACCCACCGUUGCGAUUGCGGAACAGAUGGAGGCAGGAUUCGCAAUCUCCAAAAGUAGUAGCAAACACUUCAUGUCCCCAGAGAGGAUUGGCGAUUUCGACGAAGAGGAUUUCCUGCAGGCGUAUGCGUAACUGGGAAUGCCUCUAUUACUCGACACGCCACCGCGACCCUAUUUCAAUCGCGAAAUGCUGCCGCCCAGUCGUAGAUUUUUUGUAGAGACACUAUGUAGUAUCUGAGACGACGGAUGGCCCUGCAUAUAAAACUUAGAUAGCUCUGCACAGUUUGGCUCAUAAACUCAUGUCAUAACGCCCGAAUGAAAUGCCGAUUCAUGUCCCAAAUUAACGUGUGGUAUUAUGAAGCCUUCAACGGUGCCGUGCCUAGUUAUUGGCGUUGAGUCGCAUUUGCUGAAACGUCUCGGGACAGAUCCGCCCAUCAAGUGCAUUAGCCGAAAUCGACUAUGAUGUGCUUGCUGCGGGAACGAUAAAGAAGAACGGAAGUGAACACACAAAUAUCGUUUGAGUACGCUCCAGCGGGCAUAGGGCAUAGGGCAUAAUGUGGAGGCUAUCGCCAGG